UUUUCUCUUUUGCUUUCUAUUUUUCUAAUGAUGAAUCUCGUAAUUGGGCUUGGGCCAUCAAGCAAAUCUGUAAAUCGCUGCUUUCAAUUUAAAUGAAUCUGUCAAAGAUGAACAAUCAGAGGACUUGAGCCUUCCUUUUUCUUUUCUAGUUUUUAUUUUUUUAAGAAAAAAAAAAGAUGAGCAGAAGAACAGAAGCAUGGGUUAAAUUUAGUUAUGGUUUAAAUUAGGGGGGUGCAUGAGGAAUUUAUAGAGUGGUGUAAGGUGCAUAGACUAACACUGUGGGUGUCAAUGCUUUGAGUCUAGCAAUUGUAAUUUGAAUGAAAUGAAAAUCACCUUUUUAACAGAAUUUGAGAGAAUCAGAAAGUGAAAGAAUGUGAAGGGAUGGCAGAGGAGAAAACGUGUCAUUAUGUAGAGAGGUGCAAGGGCGUUAAUGGCCUUGACAAGGUCAUUCUCCGAGAGGUUCGUGGUUUCUCUGCCGAGGUGUACCUGUAUGGAGGCCAAGUGACAUCUUGGAAGAAUGAGCAUGGUGAAGAAAUGCUUUUUCUUAGUAGCAAGGCUACUUUUCAGCCCCCGAAAGUAAUUAAUGGAGGUAUCCAAAUUUGUUUUCCUCAAUUUGGAAGUCACUGUUCUCUUGAGCAUCGUGGAUUUUCAAGGAACAGGGUAUGGUGCAUGGAUCCUGAUCCCCCGCCUUUUCCAACAUGUAGUACCAACAAGGCCUUCAUUGAUUUGAUUCUUAAACAUUCCGAAGAAGGCAUUAAAAUCUGGCCUCACAGAUAUGAGUUUCGUCUAAGGGUAACUCUGGGACCUGGAGGAGAUCUGAUGUUGACAUCUCGAAUUCGGAAUACAAACACUGAUGGAAAGCCAUUUACAUUCACAUUUUCCUAUCAGACCUAUUUUGCCGUUUCUGAUAUCAGUGAAGUGCGUGUGGAGGGACUGGAGACUUUGGAUUAUCUAGACAAUCUGAAUAACAGAGAGCGAUUCACUGAACAAGGGGAUGCAAUAACAUUUGAAUCAGAAGUGGAUAAGGUAUAUGUUAGUACGCCCACCAAAAUUGCUAUUCUGGACCAUGAAAAGAAGAGAACGUUUGUAUUGCGAAAGGAUGGACUUCCUGAUGCGGUGGUUUGGAAUCCAUGGGAUAAGAAAGCAAAGACAUUGCCUGAUUUUAGCCAUGGCGAAUACAAGAAUAUGUUGUGUGUAGAUGCUUCUUGUGUGGAAAAUCCCAUAACCUUGAAACCUGGUGAAGAGUGGAAAGGAAGACAGGAGCUGUCUGCUGUACCUUCCAGUUAUUGCAGCAGUCGACGUUAACUAUUGAAGAACACUCCAGUGCAGAUAAAGUUAUGUGCCUUUCUGGUGGAUCCCUUGUUAAGAUAUAUUUCUGCAGCUCAACCAUGGAAUUGACAUAUAUCAUUCCUGCUGAAAUUGCUGGCUAAAAGAACCAUUCAUGAAGAGGUAAUGAUAAUGCAUGUGUAGAAAGUAUGAAAUCCUGAAAUUGAGAGUACAUAGAGCUCAAAGCUUUAAAUUUGUUUAAUUUUGAUUUGGGGCAUUAGGUAGUAAUCAAUUUUAAAGGAUAUGAGAGAAACAGGAAAGCCUGCAUGGCCUGUAUUCAUGAGUGGAACCCACAUUUGUAACCCAUGGCUAUCUGGCAUUGAUUUUGGUUGUGCUGAAUCUUAAAACCAUUAUCAGUUUUUGGUUGACAUUUUUUUUCCCAUUUAUGGGUGAGUAAUAAGACAAGGUAGAUUCCCCUUUUCUGG